AUGCUGCGGCAGUGGGACCCUGACGAGCUCCAGCUUGAGCGAUUUGUAGAAAGGCAGGACGCAGAUCCCGAUGGGCCUUGGGGUGCUCUGUUACCUUACACAACAACUGGAAAAUUAAAGGACAAUUUUCUUGCUGGGAAGAAGAGACCAAAGGAGGAACGGCGCCUCGUUAAGUUCGCACAGCAGAGCCGCAGGCCCCUAGAUCAUGUCCGCUUACCUUUUCUGACAUGGCAGGAAUCUGGUUUCACCGCCACUGGUAGCAGUGUCAAUCUCCUCCCCUACUCCUGUGAGAUUGUGAAGUGCUCCACUUCCUGGCACAAUUUCUCAGCCGAUAGCCACAACUUGCGAUUUGUCUCGCUCCCUAUUUACCAUGGCACUCCGUUCACUGGCACCGGGGUUGGGGACCCGGAUGAUUUUGAGAUCGCUUCGCCCUUGUCAAGGAGGCUGGAUGAGGUGGAGUUUGUCGCGACAGGAACGCCACAGAGCAGUCCUGUAAAGGCUGAAGAAGACUUGUUGACAGAUGCCUCUAGUGAUACGUCUUCCACCCCCACGUCUUCUGAUGGAGAUUCAUUGCCAGAGGACGAUGUUCUGCGCAUCGGUGCCAACCUGCAAACUCCUGUAAUGGAAGGUGCAGACCUGGUCGUGGGACACCUGAAGAAAGUGAAGAGACUCUCCCGCGACAGCAGGUUCCGAUUCUGCCUGUUGGAUGUUGGCCAGGAUCAAGACAUUGCGGUGAUGUCAGCAGCAGCCAAUGUGAGGGCUGGAGUAAAGGUGUUGGUCUGUCUGGAGGGUGGCACGGUAUUGGGAACAGGAGAGGUGGUGCAUGCAGUGAUCAUCGAGGACGUAGAGAGCAGGGGCAUACUCUGCGGCCCAGUAGAGCUUGGAUGGGAAGAAGGGGCAUCGGGGGAGAGCGUGGUGCAUCUGUCAUGGGAUUUUGAGGUUGGGGAUGUAGUUGAGUGGGGGUACUUCGAAGAAGAAACCGUGCGGGAAAGCUUGACAAAUUGGACACUCAAACAUGAUGUGGAAGAUAGCAGCGGGGCCAGUGUAUCAGCAGGUGAUGAAGCUGCCGCAGGAGAAGUAGAGUCUGAGCUGGACCGGGAGGGGGACGAUGACUCUGAUACAAGUGGACUAGAGACAGCUAAGAGAAGGCCACGGAGAAGGUUCAGCUCAAAGAAGCCCACCUCUGAAGGCGAACUAGAGCUACCGCACCAUCACCGCAUACAGGUGCAGAAGAGUGCGGGUAAGGUGGACGAGCUGGCUGGCCGUGAGCAAAUGGGGGCCACGCCGAAAGCUCUCUCGUAUGUUUCCAGAAGUGGGGCGGAGUCCCCUAGAACUCCAACGACUCCAAGAACACCAAAGAGAGAGAGCUCCCAUGGAUCUGCUGUCACUGACUACCCGUACCCGCGCAAGGUGCGCGACAUAUUCUUCUUCGAGAUGCGCACGAGGCCGGAGUGGGCCUCGUGCAGAUCGUUCUUCGUCCCUAGCGGGCGCUCGCUGACGAUCUCUAAGGUCGUCAAAGGCAGUCUUCGCGGGGGUGACGUUGUGAUCUUGUUUGGAUAUCCAGGAGAGGACGUGACAGAGUCCGUUUUCAUCCAGAAUUACGAUAUGACCCCAGCUGAGGCCUCCGUGGCCGUGCGGCAGGUCAAACGCUUGUACGUGAAGGACACUCUGUCAAUCUCGGUCGGACGAGUGUCAGCAAUGUCGCAGUGGGUAGUUAUUCACAACCUGAGCACCAUCCGAGGGACGUCCGGUGGCGGGGGAUCCGUGCUAGAGGAACCGUUUGCCUUGUUGUUUGUCCACAGCCGCACCCACAGCGACAGGCCAGAAGAAGCAAACCUGGCGAUUUCGGUCGAUAACCCGCUUUUCAUCGCCAUGUAUUGCCACGAGGUCCUGCCUGAAAUCGUCAAACUUGACGACAGCAAGUGGCCCGAAGGACAUGCGGGGUACAUGAAGCAGCGGCUGGCAGAGUGGUUAAAGAAGCACGAGGUCUUCAUUGAGAAGCUGGGAUACGCUGAGGUUGCCGGUAGGUUUCUGGACAGGGUCUGA